CAAUCAUCCAUCCACGACGCGACUGGCUAGAGGCGCGCUUUUUUCGUUCCCGACUACUUGGUAGUUUUAAUCAUUCCGCACAAUGGGAGAUACAGAGCCAAAGGAUACUUCCAGUGCAUCAAUACCUACUGCAAAGAAACCUCUCGCUGAGUUGAAAAAUGGCAAAGUUAUCUUCAAGCAGAAGCCCAUAUCAUUUGAGAAGUCGUCAGAAGCGAUGCAAGAAAUUGUCCAGUUCCGGGAGAUGAUUGAGCAGCGAAUUGCUAGGCAGGACCCCCCACUUACUGCUAUUCCAGACGAACAUAGACCGCUGAUAGUGAAGCUUGCGCAAGAGAGUGAGAAGAGUGUCACUCCGCUUGCGAAGCAUAUCCGCUCAGAACUUCUUCCAUCUUUCGAUGAGGACGAUGACUCUUCGCGCGAAAGUAUAUCACUUGCUUUGCCUCUUCUUGUGGUAGAGCACGCCAUUCAGUCGCUCAUGGUCAGAAUGAAUUAUGGCCUGGAUGGGCCAUUAGGAUACAAAAUCCCUUCUGUUGUGUGUGUUUGGCGAUGGGAGGUCAGAGACGACUAUAGGGAUUGGCUACCCAAGUCUGCCAAAGAGAAGGCUGAGACAAGAAUAGCUGAACGUGUCCAGGCCAAGGCAGAGCUUCUCGCAAUCUUCGAAAGUCUACCGCAGGACGAGCGGGAUGCUAUCCUCGACCCGAAAGGUACUAACAAACUCCCCACUAAAGACAUCAAUAAACCCAAUCCCCCGAGCAAUACAACUACUGAACAGGUUGAUGCAGCAGAGCUCAAGGGCUCGUCAUCCCAACGUGAUCCAAGCGUCAGUGCCAACGAACUCGAAAACAUUGAUUCCGGGAGUGGAACUCCAAAAGCUCGACAGCGAAAAGUUAUAGAUGCAGAGAAAGCCGCGAAGGUCAAAGAGAAGGAAGAAAGGAAGGCAGCCAAGGUUGAAAAAGAGAAGAAGCAAAAGGCGACCCAGGACAAAUCUCGGUCUCUUAUGGCUAACUUCUUCGGCAAGGCCAAGGCUCCUCCCCGCGAGUCGCCUUCAAAACCCGUUUGUGGGACUUCCACUAGUGAAUCAGAUUUUCAGAAGACGUUUAGGCCUUUUGUCUUGAAGAAAGGCGCAGAAAUGGCACCGGUGAACUGGUUCUUAGAGUCUAGCAAACCAGCUUGGAAGAAGCAGACCUCAGGUUUCAGCCAUGCAGACGCAAUCGUCGUCGAUGAUGCUCAAGGCUCGGAGAUGAAUGACAUUGAUAUAUUUGUAAAUACCACACCAGCAUUCAAUCAUGUCGAAGCUAAUGCACAAGAGCGCCUCCAGGAUGUUAUACGGUUGUUGCGACCGCUUCGGCUCACACAGCCCUGCGACCGAUCGAAAUCCUACUUCAAAUCCUUCAGCCCGUGUAGUACGAAAGAUAUAUAUUCCCAGCUCAAUGAUGCUGAAAUAGCUGGGGAUACAUCUCAAGCUCGCUACUUGUCAAACAUUCUUAGGGACAGGAGGAUGCUUCCAGCGAAGGUCUUGAUUUUCCAUGAGGAUGCGCGUCCUGGAUACUAUGGUUCCUGGACGAAGAACUCGCGCAUUGUUGGUCCUAGAUCACCCUUCGCUCGUGAUCUGCUUGUCCGAGAUUACGGAUACGAUUCCGGAGAGGAAUGGGAAGAUGAAGGCGCAGCAGAUGCGGACAAUGUUGACGACGACGACGAUGAGGAGGGUGACGGGGAGGAGAAUGAUUCUGAUCUGGAAAGCUGGCUAGUGGAUGAUGAUGAGAUUGAAGAAGUUGUUCCGGAUGACCGGGACCUAUCACCUUCACUCUCGGACAUACCACUUCCCCCUCCCAAGAGGAAAGCAGAGCCUCUUAGCAAGCAGCCUGAAAAGAAGCGGAAGAUCGUGGUCCCUCUCGUCCCCUAUGUCAAAGGUCCUCUGUGGGAGUCGGUCAUAGGCCAAUGUGAAUAUGAUCCUUUCAAACCAUACCGCAUACAGUUAUUUAAUGAUAUACCAUACCCAAUCGACCCCUUUAGAUUCGUUGCAAAGACUGCCGAAGAAUUUCGGCAAUCAGAUUACGAGUCGAAGUUCGCGGUUCCCUCCCUACCCAAUCGGCUAUCAGGAAACAGCGGCAUUGCAGAGUCAUCAGCUUCUCCUGCUCAGGCUUCAGCAAACAAGCGUGCUAUCCCAGCAUCCACGCCGAAGACCACAUUCCCCGAUGCACAUGUCCCUCUGCUUAUCAGCAAGAUCACGACUUUGGCGACGGCAAACCUUACAUUCAUCGUAGAAAGCGUUCACCAGGAGCUUCGUGCACAUAAGGUGAAGAAGAAUGCUAUUGAGGCAAAGGUCCGAGAGGUGGCAGAAAAGUCCAAGGAGAAGAAAAUAUGGGUUAUCAGCGAAGGGCAACACUCACGAACGUCGAUUCCCUCUUAAUAUAAUACCUGAACGUUGAACCACCAUUUUAAGUGCUCGUGGUUUUGAUUGCUUCGGAUGAAACCUUCUGUUUCAUACAGUAGAUUAGGGUGAUUCAGAAUUGUAGCGCCAGCUGCGUUCUAUGUAGAUAUAUCCUGUGCAUCAAAUUGGACCUUCUCAUGAGUGACCAGCAUUCCGUAGUUUAUUAGUAUCAAAGCUGACAUCGGGAGGGACCACAAGAAAAUAAAUAUACGUAUUAGUCCACAGCAUGCAUAAUAACAGAUAAGAUAUCCUUCAGAUUAUCAUCAUCAUGAGCUUGCCAGCUUCCAAAGCUGAGCGGCAUCAUCAAAAUCUGAUUUACUUUCAUCGGACGGGAAGGAGUAGAUGUCAUUAGAUUCGCCGC